AUGGGAGAAUUUAAAAAAUUAAAUUAUCAUAUUUUUGGAAAAAAAGGAACAAAAAGCACACCCGACGUACUUUAUUGGAAAAAACUAGGAGUUCCAGCUUUUUUAAAAGAAUUUGGCCCUGUAGAUUAUAUUGAUUUUUCACCAGUCGAACCACAUUAUUUCGCAGUUACCUCUUCUGUACGUGUUCAAGUAUAUAAUCCAAUAACUAGACUUUUACAUAAAAAUCUAAGUAGGUUUGAAAAAAGUGCGUUUGGAGGUUCGUUCAGAAAAGAUGGGAAGUUAUUAUGUGCUGGAGGAGAAGAAAAUGUUGUUAAAUUAUUCGACGUUUCGUCCAAAUCAUUAUUAAGAAUUUUCAGGGGACACAAAAACCCAGUUCAUCGAACAUUUUUUACAACUGACAAUACACAUAUAGUUAGUUUUUCCGAUGAUCAGUCGGUUACUAUCUGGGAUAUACCGAGUGAAAAAGAAUUAGUAAAAUAUUCUGAACACAGUGAUUAUGUGAGAGCAGGGGCUGUAUCACCAAUAUCUCCAGAUGUUGUUUUAUCUGGUGGAUAUGAUGGCUACAUUAAAAUGUAUGACAAAAGACAAGAAUCUAUUAUAUUUAAUUUAAAUCAUGGUUUUCCCGUAGAAAGUGUUAUUUUUCUACCUACUGGUGGAAUUUUUAUAUCAUCAGGUGGAACGGAAAUAAAAGUUUGGGAUGCUUUUUGUGGAGGACGUUUGCUAGCUCGAUUACAUCAUCAUCAUAAAACAGUGACUUGUUUAUGUUUGGCAUCGAAAGGAACUCGUCUUUUGUCUGGUGGUUUGGAUAGGCAUGUUAACAUUUUUGAUGUUUCAACAUUUCAAAAAGUUCAUUCUUUAGAUUAUCCUAAUUCGAUUUUAAGUUUGGGAAUAAGCAAAAAUGACGAAACCAUUGCGGUGGGAAUGGUUGAUGGUUUAGUUUCCGUAUCCAGAAGGGAAACGGAAGUCAAAUCCACGAAUUUUCAAAAACGCCAGAAAAAAUAUAAAUAUACUUUAGAUAAUAAAAUAGAUAAUAUGAACAUAACUAAACACACGGAAAAAUUAUCCAAAUAUGAUACGCAUUUAAAAAAAUUUGAACAUACGAAAGCGUUAAAUGUCGUUUUGGCACCUUACGUCGUGAAUAAAACUCCAGAGAUUACGGUUGCAGUCCUUAAGGAAUUACUUUACAGGAGAGUUCUUCACGCUGCCGUCGGAGGCUUCGAGAGUAAAACGAUGAUUCCCCUUUUGCGGUUUAUAAAUAAAAAUAUUGGAGAUCAAAGAUUUACCAAAGUACUCGUUGAAACGUUAAAUGUUUUCCUAGAUGUUUACGAAGACGACGUUGGUCAAUGCAAACCCACCGUCGCAACGUUGUUAUUGAAAUUGAACAAAAGAGUAACGGAAGAAAUCGAUCUCACGCAAUCUUUGCUAUGUUUAAAAGGCUGCAUUCGUUUAAUGAAUUUUGCAGCCACGACAGAUAGUGCCACGAUUAAUUUUGAUAUGCCUCCAUCGAUAAAACCAUCCGAGAGUGCCAGAGAUUUUGUUGUUAACGUUAGCUAA